UCUCUCUUUCUCUGUGUGUGUAAGAACACAGGAAGUGUAGUGGCUAUUACACAAACCACUGAACGCAGUCACUUAGCAGUGUGACAAAAUGGAGCUGUGGCCACGCAGUGUGAUGAUCUUGUUUAUUUCACUUAUCCAGGUUGGAAAAGCUCAAGCAGAUAAACCAGUUCUGACUGUGCAGCCAAAUUUAUCACAAAUAUUCAGAGGAGAGACGGUUACACUCUCAUGUAGAAUUUCAAGAGGAAGUGGACCAUACAGCUGGUACAAAAAUGGUGGUUUUAUGCAAAAGUCUGCUGAAAAGGACUACACUGUAAAAGUAUAUCAGAGUAACAGAUACAGUUGUUAUGGGUUUAAGAAUGGAUGGUCAACGGCUAUGAGUAAUGAAGUGACUCUCUCAGUGAUAGAGAGACCAAAAGCUGUUGUGACUCUGCAGCCUGGUGGAGAGAGAUUCAGUGGAGAGAAAGUCAUUUUAACAUGUGAAAUACGAGGACAUGAAGACACUGUGGAUGGGAAAUGGAUGUACAACUGGUAUAAAGAUGGUGUCCAACUUUCUGACCCUGUUGAGAACAGAGAAUAUUCAUUUACUGCUGUAGAGUCUUUCAGCGGUAAAUAUACCUGCAGUGGACAGAGAAAAAGCGACUCACAGACUUCAGAGACCAGCACUGCUGUUACACUCACUGUGUCAGAAAAACCUAAACCUAAACUCACAUCAAACCAUGAAGGAGAUGUACUGACAGGAAACUCAGUGACUCUGUCCUGUACACUGAAGCCACAGUCUGCUGGAUGGAAGUUUUACUGGAUCAAACCCACACAGAGCUCUGAGACUAAGACUGAAACAGACUCCUACACCAUCAGUUCAGUUAGAGUCUCUGAUGGAGGUCAGUACAGGUGCAGAGCUGGAAGAGGAAAUCCAGUCUACUACACAGACCACAGUGAUGCACUUUGGGUAAAUGUUUCUGAGAGUCCUAAAGCUGUGGUGACCAUAAAGCCUGACAAACAGGUGUUUAGAGGAGAGACUGUGACUCUCAGGUGUGAAAUACAGGGAGGAGGAGACACUGAGUGGACAUACAGCUGGUAUAAAAAUGAUGACGAACUCAACCGAGAACACAAAACACAGGAGUUCAGCCUCAGCUCAUUUAGAAAUGAAGACAGUGGUAACUACACCUGCAGAGGGAGGAGAAGCAGUGACACUCAGGGCUCAGAGAUCAGUGAUGCUGUUACUCUCACUGUAUCAGAUGUAGCAGAGGCAGUAGUGAGUGUGUCUCCAUUGAGCUGGCUGACUGAAGGAGAUUCAGUGAUUCUAAGUUGUGAGGUUAAACACUCCUCUGCAGGCUGGACAUUCAGCUGGUACACAUUUGCUUCCUACAGAGACAGUCAGGGUUUCAUCAGGUACAGAGCAUUGCUCCUCUCAGACAGCAGCAGAGGAUCUGGAGGCUCCUACACUCUCAGAUCUGUUACUCUGAAUCACACAGGAGUUUAUGUGUGCGGAGCAGAGAGAGGAGUCUUUCACACACCUUACAGCAAACUACAGCCACUGUGGAUCACUGGUGAAUCUCCUCCAGUGUCUCUGAUCAUCAGUCCGAGCAGAACUCAACACUUUACUGCUGACUCUCUCUCACUGAGCUGUGAGGACCAGAGUGACUCUACUGGAUGGACAGUGAGAAGAUACAAAUACAUUGAGGAAUUGGUCACUUGUUCAUCAGUUUCAGGAUCUACAUGUAACAUCAGCUCCCUCUCUACAUCAGACACUGGAGUUUACUGGUGUCAGUCUGAAUCUGGAGGACGCAGUAAUCCUGUCAACAUCACAGUGCACAAUGGUGCUGUGAUCCUGGACAGUCUUGUCCAUCCUGUUACUGAGGGACAUCCUCUGACUUUACGCUGUUUAUCUCACAGCAAAAUGAUCCCAGGCUCUGGUGUUGAUUUCUAUAAAGAUGUUUCCAUCCUCCAGUCCCAGACUACAGGAGAGAUGACCAUCAGUAGUGUCUCAAAGUCAGAUGAAGGUUUCUACCACUGUAAACACCCAGAGAGAGGAGAGUCACUGAAAAGCUGGGUUUCAGUCAGAUUGCAAAGUCCUGGGUCCAACACUGUACCAGUAGCUGUGGCUGUGGGACUGAGUUUGGCCUUGCUGUUCAUCAUCCUUUUACUGAUCCUGCUGUGGAAACACAAAUCCAACAAAGGAAAGGACAGAGGCAUACAGCAGAACAGCAAUCAGACACCAGGCCAGAGUCAGUCAGGAGCUGAGGAUUCUCAGUCAGGAAACACACCGCUUCAAACCGGAAGUGAACACAUUUAUGCCACCAUGGACAAUGCAGAUCAUGAUGCUGGACCCAGUGAUGUAACUUAUGCUGAGCUUGAACUGAAGCCACAGAAAAAAGCGAGGAAAAAACAAGUGAAAGCCAAUGUUGAACCUGAUACUGUUUACUCAGAGCUGAAGCAGAACACAAAGUCAGGAAGUGUAGAGGCUUUAACACAAGCCACUGAUCAGUCAGUCGUUUAUCAGUGUGACAGAAUGGAGCUGUGGUCACUCUGUGUGAUGAUCUGGUUUAUUUCACUUAUCCAAGUUGGAAAAGUUCAAGCAGAUAAUAAACCAGUUCUGACUGUGCAGCCAAACACACCACAAAUAUUCAGAGGAGAGACGGUUACACUCUCAUGUAGAAUUUCGGGAGGAAGUGGACCAUACAUCUGGUUCAAAGAUGAUGGUUUUGUUUACCGCUCUGCUGAAAAGGACUACACUAUAAAAGUAGAUCAGAGUAACAGAUACAGUUGUUAUGGGUUUAAGAAUGGACGGUCAACAGCAAGAAGUAAUGAAGUGACUCUCUCAGUGAUAGAAAAACCUAAACCUAAACUCACAUCAAACCAUGAAGGAGAUGUACUGACAGGAAACUCAGUGACUCUGUCCUGUACACUGAAGCUACAGUCUGCUGGAUGGAAGUUUUACUGGAUCAAACCCACACAGAGCUCUGAGACUGAAACAGACUCCUACACCAUCAGUUCAGUUAGAGUCUCUGAUGGAGGUCACUACUGGUGCAGAGCUGGAAGAGGAAACCCAGUCUACUACACAGACUACAGUAAUGCACUCUGGGUAAAUGUUAUUGAGAGGCCUAAAGCUGUGGUGACCAUAAAGCCUGACAAACAUGUGUUCAGAGGAGAGACUGUGAUUCUCAGGUGUGAAAUACAGGGAGGAGGAGACACUGAGUGGACAUACAGCUGGUAUAAAAAUGAUGACAAACUAGUCCAGAUAACACAGGAGUUCAGCCUCAGCUCAGUUAGAAAUGAAGACAGUGGUAACUACACCUGCAGAGGGAGGAGAAGCAGUGACACUCAGACCUCAGAGAUCAGUGAUGCUGUUACUCUCACUGUAUCAGAAAAACCUAAACCUAAACUCACAUCAAACCAUGAAGGAGAUGUACUGACAGGAAACUCAGUGACUCUGUCCUGUACACUGAAGCUACAGUCUGCUGGAUGGAAGUUUUACUGGAUCAAACCCACACAGAGCUCUGAGAAUGAGACUGAAACAGACUCCUACACCAUCAGUUCAGUUAGAGUCUCUGAUGGAGGUCAGUACUGGUGCAGAGCUGGAAGAGGAACCCCAGUCUACUACACACAAUACAGUGAUUCACUCUGGGUAAAUGUUACUGAGAGUCCUAAAGCUGUGGUGACCAUAAAGCCUGACAAACAUGUGUUCAGAGGAGAGACUGUGACUCUCAGGUGUGAAAUACAGGGAGGAGGAGAAGCUGAGUGGACAUACAGCUGGUAUAAAAAUGAUUAUAAACUCUACCGAGAACACAAAAUACAGGAGUUCAGCCUCAGGUCAGUUAGAAAUGAAGACAGUGGUAAAUACACCUGCAGAGGGAGGAGAAGCAGUGACACUCAGGGCUCAGAGAUCAGUGAUGCUGUUACUCUCACUAUAUCAGAUGUAGCAGAGGCAGUAGUGAGUGUGUCUCCAUCGAGCUGGCUGACUGAAGGAGAUUCAGUGACUCUAAGCUGUGAGGUUAAACACUCCUCUACAGGCUGGACAUUCAGCUGGUACACAAAUGUUCCCUACAGAGACAGUCAGGGUUUUAUCAGGUACAAUAGAACGCUCCUCUCAGACAGCAGCAGAGGAUCUGGAGGCUCCUACACUCUCAGUCCUGUUACUCUGAAGCACACAGGAGUUUAUGUGUGCAGAGCAGAGAGAGGAGUCUUUCACACACCUUACAGCAAACUACAGCCACUGUGGAUCACUGGUGAAUCUUCUCCAGUGUCUCUGAUCAUCAGUCCGAACAGAACUCAACACUUUACUGCUGACUCUCUCUCACUGAGCUGUGAGGACCAGAGUGACUCUACUGGAUGGACAGUGAGAGGAUACAGAUACAAUGAGGAAUUGUUCAACUGUUCAUCAGUUUCAGGAUCUACAUGUAACAUCAGCUCCCUCUCUACAUCACACACUGGAGUUUACUGGUGUCAGUCUGAAUCUGGAGGACGCAGUAAUCCUGUCAACAUCACAGUGCACAAUGGUGCUGUGAUCCUGGACAGUCCUGUCCAUCCUGUGACUGAGGGACAUCCUCUGACUUUACACUGUUUAUCUCACAGCAAAAUUAUCCCAGGCUCUGGUGUUGAUUUCUAUAAAGAUGAUUCCAUCCUCCAGAACCAGACUACAGGAGAGAUGACCAUCAGUAGUGUCUCAAAGUCAGAUGAAGGUUUCUACCACUGUAAACACCCAGAGAGAGGAGAGUCACUGAAAAGCUGGGUUUCAGUCAGAUUGCAAAGUCCUGGGUCCAACACUGUACUAGUAGCUGUGGCUGUGGGACUGAGUUUGGCCUUGCUGUUCAUCAUCCUUUUACUGAUCCUGCUGUGGAAACACAAAUCCAACAAAGGAAAGGACAGAGGCAUACAGCAGAACAGCAAUCAGACACCAGGCCAGAGUCAGUCAGGAGCUGAGGAUUCUCAGUCAGGAGGUGAACACAUUUAUGCCACCAUGGACAAUGCAGAUCAUGAUGCUGGACCCAGUGAUGUAACUUAUGCUGAGCUUGAACUGAAGCCACAGAAAAAAGCAAGGAAAAAACAAGUGAAAGCCAAUGUUGAACCUGAUACUGUUUAUUCAGAGCUGAAACAGAACACAUAGGUACCAAUCAGAUGCCUGAUUGAGCCUGUCAGCUCACACUGGAUCCCAACACAGCUAAUGAACACUUGUUUGACAAGAUCAGAGCGGUGACCAGCAUUGUAACUAUCUAGUCAUAUCCUGACCAUCUAGACAGAUUUGAGACUGUAUACCAAGUGCUGUGCAGAGAGAGUGUGUGCAGACCGUGCUACUGGGAGGUUGAAUGGAGCGGAUUUGGUGGAAUUGAAAUAACUGUGUCAAAUAAAAGUAUUAGCAGGAAAGGAACAGGUAAUGAAUGUAGGUUUGGGAAUAACAAUCAGUCUUGGAGUUUAUACUGUUCUCCAUUCAAAUGUUCAUUCUGGCACAAUGACAAACAAUCUAAAAUCUCCAAAAGACACAAUGCCUCUAUAAUAGGAGUGUAUGUAAAUUACAGGGCAGGAUCUCUAUCCUACUAUAGUGUCUGGACUUUGUCAAACUACAUUCACUCAGCCUCUCUACCCAGGGUUUUAUGUUUUCUCAGAAUCAACAGUAAAAGUUUUGCAACCCAUAUUCUAAAAAAUGGCUCUGUGCUUAUGUAGCACUUAUAAAUUGAUCUAAUGUCCAUGUUACUACAAUAAAUUUGAAAAGUUAAUUACUGUACUUGUUUUUAGUUAAUGAGUUAUCAUAAACUUGUCAUUAUUUACAUAUUUACUGCUCGUUGAACGUACAUAUUUUACCUAGGAAAUUUUGCAAUUAAUUAUAUCAACAUAUAUUUUUUUUAAUUCUAAAAUGACCCUCUCAGUGUAUACUAAAGAAAAGUCUGUUCUGCGAGAAUCCUAUAGUUUAUUAUUCAUUUUUACCUGUGUAGCCCAGAUGGCUGAAUAACUAUCAUGUUUAUCUUUUUUGAAUUUAAAAUUUGAAUUUGAUUUUCGUUGCAUAAAUAAUAUUUAUUGAAAUUAUAUUGUAGCUUUUCUGUUUAAUUCUUUUGUAUAACAAUCUCAUACCAGAAUACAAACAGUUUAAUUUUCCCAUAGUUCUAAAACAGUUUUAAUAAACAUUUUCAGUGGUUUAAUAAUGCUUUAUUUUGUAGCCCAAUGAUCAAAUUGUGAUAUUUUUUGGUUUCUUUGUUUUUUAAAUUUACAGAUUUGUGUUUGAUAAUCUGUGUCCAACAACCAAUGAUUAUAAUAUGUAUCUUUAAAUAUGUAAUUUAUAAUGACAAUAACUUAUCAUGCACAGAAACUGCAAAAAAAGAGUUUAUCAGGAUAAAGGACUUAUCCUGUAUAUACAUCCAUCCACAUUAUACCAUUUUAGAUGUGAUUAAAACUUUACCCCAUGCAGUGCACAGACGAGUGAGGUCUUGUUUGAAGAGGUAAUGCCUAAUAACCACAGUCAGAGGAACUACAGACACUGGAAUUACAGGACCUGAGAGCCAAAAUAGCACAUUUGGCCAUCUUCUCCUAGUGAAGUGAUGGUAUCCUCUCCUGUUACUGUCAGUUACAGUGACUCUAACCAAUUCUGGGCAUCUGUAAGCUCAUAUAUGCAGAAGAGGGCAGAUAGAGUUCUCCUCCUAGUGUCUUGCAUUGCUCUUUGCUGCAGCCUAAACUGAAGGUAAAAAGUCUUCAUAUGUCUCAGAGAAAGCACAUAUUAGCACUUCCUAUUGGUAGCUGUUAAAGCAUAUUAAGGACAGCUGGCUGGUGAGUCUUCUUUAGAUUGAAUCAAAUUUUGGCUUGUGAUUUGUUCCUAGGGCUUAAAUGUUGAUGACAAUUGUUUACUUCCUGUAAGGUGAAGAAAAAAAAGUAUGCGAUUGGUUCAUUUGUGAAAAUGGGAACUUUUCUAAAAGUGUAUAGUUUGUGUAGGUUUUGUUAGAGAUGGUGAAACAGAGUAUUUGUGAUUGUGGGUUUUGAAUCUUUUAUCUGAUUGAUUGAUGGUCUUGUUAUUUUUUUUUAAAUUACAUUUUAUUCUGUAGGGAAAGAGGUUUUGCACCUUUUCUUCAGUAUAAAGACAGUCUACCAUCUUCAGGAUCUGUGUUAAUUUGAGGUCACUGUCUCUCUGAAAAAGUGAAAAGUUAAUACUAUGCUUUCAGAGAUCAUUUCUAAAAUGUUUAACUUGGGAACAUGAGUUGAAAGUGUUUCAUCUCUCUAACCAUGAUUAGGAGUUUUGAUGUACUCUUUUGAACAUGAAUCAGAUUUAAGCUACUUAUUUUUCUUCAGUGUUUACCUUUAAUCAAUGUUCUGUGUAGGAUGCAGAGUACAUGAUGUGAGAGGUACAGUAGAAAGUUUGAGACAAAAAUGAAGUUUUGAUUUAUAAGAUAGUAUGCACCGUUCAGGCAUAACAUUAUGAACAGUGAGAGGUGAAGUGAAUAAGACUGAUUAUCUCCUCAUCAUGGCACCUGUUUGUGGGUGGGAUAUAUUAGGCAGCUAGUGAACAUUAAGGAAUAAUGGUCAAGUGUAAGGAUUUGAGCGAGUUUGACAAGGGCCAAAUUAUGAUGGCUAGAUGACUGGAUCAGAGCAUCUCCAAAACUGCAGCUCUUGUGGGGUGUUCCUGGUCUGCAGUGGUCAGUAUCUAUCAGAAGUGGUCCAAGGAAGGAACAGUGGUGAACUGGUGACAGAGUCAUGGCAGCCAAGGCUCACUGAUGCAUGAGGAGGGGGAAGGCUUGCCCAUGUGAUCCGAUACAACAGUUGAGCUACUGUUGCUCAAAUUGCUGAAGAAGUUAAUGCUGGUUCUGAUAGAAAGGUGUCAGCAUAUACAGUGCAUCACAGGCCAGGGCUGUUUUGGCAGCAAAAGGAGGACCAAAACAAUAUUAGGCAGGUGGUCAUAAUGUUAUGCCUGGUCAUUGAAGGUUAAUGUAUCUGCUUAAGAGGGCUGUGGAAUAAUGCUUCAAGGCUGUUUUUUUUUUUUUUAUCUUUUAGCCUGUUGAUCAAAGGUUUCUCUUCAUCUGUUUGAUUUAACCAGUAUCUUCACUUUGCUACCCAAACUCAUUUAAAGC